UGCACGUGGUGUUGUGGUGGAAUAUUGUCAAAUGCCGGCCGUCGAUGAACUCGAAAUGUUCAGCACGUCUUGGGAAAUUUUAAAAAAGAGGAGGAGACGGAAAAACUACAAUUUCACGAACUUUAUAUUAUACAAUUCAUAAUUUAAAACUCUAAUUAUUUCGCAGAAUGGAUCAAACUACAGAUCACUUACCUAAACUUAUGCCACUAUGGCAUGAUCAGUCUACUCAUGACAUGCUUAGUAGUGAUCGUAGGUUUCUCGACGAUAAUCUUCCAGAUUACGGGGGAAUUGGUGUAGACAUCUCUUUGAAAGAAAAUAGAUCACUGCAAAGUAUUGUGAAGUAUGCUGCAGAUUGUGUUCAUUUUCAAGCCCAAACGUGUGUUCUUCCAUUUUUGCCUGCAAAUAAAGUACCAAUGGGAACAGAUCCAUGCUUGAGUUCCCUGCAUACUUCUAGAGAAAAUUGUAGAAGAUUUUGUAUGAAAUUGGAAACCUUAAGAACUCAAAUGAAAACAAAACGCUGUGAAAACUUUAGAAAGGAAAUCUUGAAAGCAUAUCAAAUAGUACAGAAAAUGUGCAAAUCUGGAAAUUUUUCAAAAGUUCCAUUACCUGAAAUACUAAUUGAUCUUGCAACUAUUUUUCCUAAAACUAUGGAAUUUCAUGAUGAAAAUUUGAAUUAUUCUGGAUGUUUGGCUUCCUGUAACAAAGCAAGUGAAAAUCCUAUUCUACUUUAUCCAAUAGGGAAAAAAUUAAACAAGUUAGCUGUAAUAACUUUAGAACACAGUUCCGAUCUGUAUAAAACAUUUCAUCCCAUUGAUUCGCAAAAGAAUGAAGUUAAAUUAGAUUCUGGCUGCAUACAGCAAAUAAAAUGUUCCUUUAAUGGUUAUUGCUAUGUUCUUCAGGAUAAGAUGACCCAUUUUGUAGAUUUUACGAACCUGUCAAAUAUAUCGCACUUUACAUGUUUAACACAGAGAAAUGUAACAAAUAUUGGAGCUAGUCACUAUUGUCCUGUUGAGCUGAUUUCUACAUAUGAAAAUGGCAUGAUGGAAAUGCUCAAUGUAGAUAAAAAAAAAACUCUUUGGUCAGUGAAAAAUUCCGUAUUUUCUGAAGGAUUUGAGAGAAGUGUCCCUUUGUCCUGUUCAUUUGGAUCACAUCCGAAAUCAGUGUUAUGUAUCACUGAUCGAAAAUUACAUUCUUUUGAUCUUAGGUCGAAAGAUCACAAAGGAUGUGUAAUUUUUUCCAGUUAUCAUCCAUCAUGCUACAAAAAUGAAUUUCUCACAUGUAUGAAAGGAUUAUUAAUCAACCCCUUUCAAUAUUUUAUUGCUUCAUCCCAUCAUUUGUUCCUUUGUGAUGAACGCUAUCCAAACAAACCGGUUCUUUUAUGGAAUCACUUACUAAAGGCUUCUCCGUUAUAUUGUGAUGUUACAUGUUAUAAAACAACAUCUGCUUCAUCUGAUAUUGUUAUUUUAUUGGGAACUCAAAAAUCACAAGAAUUAGUCUCAUUUUCAGUAAAUUCCAGUUAUUCUUCACUCCAACCAACAGUUUCAUUGGGACCACCACUUUUUUUGUCUUCACCAUCUGAUUGUGUUAAUUCUUUAAAAUUCCAUUGUGCAGAUAUUGAUGAAGACAUUGUGAAAAGACUGUCAUGUCCUCUUGUUGGAGUUACUGCUGUUCCUCAUAAUAAUAAAGCUGGAUUCACAGCAUUUCAGAUUACAUCGCCAGGAGAUAUAUUUUUUCAAGAUUUUAAGACAGAUUUAAGCAUUAAUAACCAAAAUGUGGAAAGAACUUUCAGAGCUGAUAUGGGAUGUGUAUUAAUACCUCCUUCUAAAAUUUGGCCUCAUAUAAGCAACUGGAGUAAGCAUUGCAAGAAAAAUGAAAUUCAUGACGAUACCAAUGCCUACUGCAUCAAUAGAAUUCAUGUAGAUUUAAAAGAUUUUUUAUGCAAGCAAAGUGAAAUAUCGUCAGAAUGCAGUAUAUGUGCAUUUUAUAAACUGGGGCAUAAUCGAGAUAUAAUAUCAAGUGAAUCUUGUCCUACAUGUGGUUUGGAGGAUUUAGAAAGUGAACAUUUGAUAAAAGCAUCAAAUGAGAUGAGUUUAUUAGUUGGCCCAACUACUGAAGACUGCGAUAUCUCCGAGUUUGAUGCAACUUCCUUUUUUCAAUUCACUGAUUCUUACGGCAAGAAAAUAUUACAAGCAUGGUCUUAUGUAGAAGAAGAUCAUUUAGGGAGCGCUGAAACGCAAUCGCAACUAUACAACUUCGAUGAUGUCUUGGAAGCAUUCUCACAUGCCUCAUCUUAUAACACCCCGGUGAAAAAUGAACAGCUUUCUACUCAAGAUAUUUCAAAUAUUUCUUCUCAUCUGCAUUCACAAACUUCUGCAUCUUUCAUGGAUGAAACAAUGGCAGAUAUAUCGUUGUACAGUCAAGGGUCAAUAGAAGAGUUUGUUCCACCCAGUCAAGAAAUUCGACCUCAAGUUGGGGAGACCUUGCGAACUCCAAAACAAACGAAAACCAAAUUGAGCAAAAAGAUUACUUCAUCUGCUGGUUUUUAAAGAAAAAUAUAGACAAUUUUGUUUAUGGAAAAUACGCAUUUAUUUAUGUUGUAUACAUUUUCAGUUAUUAAAUGUUGUUAUUUGUAUGCUAUCAUGGCUUAAAGGAACAAUUUUAUGUA